AGUCGGAAGACGUUUGUUCCCGCCAAUUUACUCUCGAAGACUUGAGUCGGGGUUUUGUUAACAAACAUAAGCGAAAAUGGAGGAUCUCGUGACACACAGAGUAAAUGCAGCGAUGCUACCAAAUUUGCAGGGAAGAAACGUCUGUAUUCUUGGAAUGGCUAAAGAGGUGUCAAAUGACGGGAAAAUGUUCACGUUGACCACCAGUGAUGGCAAGGAUGUCCGAGUACAGAUGCAGGAACCACUCAAUGAGUACGUGUCAGGGCUGACGGAGGUACAUGGACAGGUCGGCAACCGUAACACCAUCCAGUGCCAGAACUACAUAGUCUUCCCAGAGGAGGUCUCACAGAACUUCAGUAUGGAUCUGUACAACAGUGCUGUAGAGUUAAUGGCUCGGGCACCUCAGCACUAUCAGCAAGGGGUCCAGCAGUAGUAUGACUAGCGGCACAUAGUGGGGCCAUGCACUUACAUGUGAUCAACAGACUCAGUCGUAUGAGGGAAACCGACACCAAUUGCUUGUUAUUAACAACAAACAUGCAUCUGUACAUAUGGAGUAAACAAAUGUUGUGUUCAAUCAGGAAUAUGUAUUACCUUACGAUGAUGUAUCUAUGUGAGAUGUAGUUAGAUAUUAUAUUGUUAUAUUAUAUUUAUUCGCCAAUGGGAAGUGUAACUGGGUUCAAAUCUUCAGAACAGUUAGAGAAUGUGCAGUAAGCAUGAGCCAGUAAUGCUGGCUAAAAGGUUACCAUCAGACAACUACGUGAGGACUUCCUUGUUACACUAACAGUUUACACACUUAGUCCAGUUGCAGAGAACUUUUUUCCAACCACAAAUUAUUAUACCCCCACAAACUAAGUUUAGGGGGUUAUAAAGAAGCGAGCUUGUCUGUCGGUCGUCAGUCCGUAUUAAUUGUCCGCUCUUUAUUUCAAGUUGUUUUCAUCCGAUCUUCACCAAACUUGGUCAGAUGUUGUAUCUUGAUGAUGUCUAGGUCAAGUUUGAAUAUGGGUCAUGUUGGGUCAAAAACUAGGCCACGGGGUCACAGUGCGUUUUAAACAUUGAGUAAGGUGUCCGCUCAAUGAUUCAAGUAGUUUUCAUCAGAGCUUCACCAAACUUGGUCAGAAGUUGUAUCUAGAUGAUGUGUAGGUCAAGUUCGAACAUGGGUUAAAAACUAGGUCACGAGGUCACUUUUAAACAUUUGUUGUGAAGACAACAUGCACAAUAUUCUGUGUCAAUGCGGCAUGUGGGGGUAUUCGUCACGUCUGUGACAAAGCUCUAGUUAAAAUUGAUUGUAUGCAAAAAUGUAUCAUCUUUGAAAUGUAUUAUGAAAAUUAAUUGUUUUUUAUUUGAAAAAAACACAUCAGCAUAUGUGA